GGCAUUUCUUAAGAAGUGGUAAGUUGUUGAGGGUGUCUUCAAAACUACAGAUGGGUCGUCAAAUGGAGUCCUGUGGUAGUCAGAUGGAGCCCUCUGGUAGUCGUUUUGAAAUGGAGCGUGGGCAAAACCUCAUAUUUUUUUGUGCAUUUUUGUUGGAUGUUGGUUACAACUGGAAACAUUUAUCAGUCUAAGAAAGCAUGCAUCAUUUUAUUUCUUUGUGUCACUCAAGGAGGACAGGACCAAUCACAGUGAGUUAGUGAGAUCGAGAAGGUUGUCUUCUAUUUCUACGCUCUCUUCUGACUGUACGACCGCGACCUACAGCGAUAACUCUGUGUCUCGUCCGAGAAGCCCGAUAUAGACGACCAACAUAGAGAAAGUCCGCACACACACUGACACGGGAACGCAAGAACAGUAGAUACAACUAUUUAGUUCUUACCAAGCCACUUAGUUCUUACCAUACAACUAUUUAGUUCUUAGUUUAUUCUUCCGCGCCAACGCAAUAGUAGUAGAUACAACUAAAAUCUUCCGUUUAAUACUUACCAAGAGCACAACUACAAGAAAAUGUCUUCCAACGACAACCCGGUUUGGAAGGCUGCGAAGCCGUUCCUUACGGGUUCAAUGGCCGGAUCCUUCGCUACGUGCUGUAUCCAGCCCAUGGACAUGAUAAAAGUGCGAAUUCAAGUGGCGGCAGCAGAAGGAAAGCCAACGUCGCCAGUGACAAUUGCGUCCACUAUGCUCAAGGAAGAGGGUUUUCUGGCGAUGUAUUCGGUACUAAAGAGGUCUUAAUAUUAGAGGGUAGUGGUCGUGAUUGCGGUGUAUAAGUAUAAUUCAUCAACAUGAUCGACAUCGUCGUAUUUUGUUUUCAUCAAGCUUGCUUCACUCUUUGCUUCUUUUUUCAUCGUAGAGCAUCAUCUGUGGGAUCGUAGAGUAGCAUCUCUGGGAAUGUUCCUUCUGCUGCACACGGUUCACCGUGUAGUCAUCGAUUCCUCACGUACUUUCUGAUUAGUACAACUACAGCUUCUGGAACCUCCUUGCAAAAUUCAGGGUUUGUCAGCGGGUAUCACGAGACAAGUGAUUUAUACGGGUGCACGGUUAGGCUUGUACGACAUUUUCACAGACAUGGCGAAGAAUCCGGGAGAGAAGAGCCUUGGCGCGGGCAAGACAGCACUCUUUAUGGCGCGUUUAUUUGUAGGAACUUCCUCAACGAGAACUCAAGAUCAGGGACUUCGACGGACAACUUCUUACACUACAUGUAGGAAGAAAUCAUCUUGGUUGUGUAGGAAGUCAUCUUUUCCCGGAAGUCAUCCUGCUGUACAGGAAAAAAACAUUUAAAUGAAAGAAGAAGAGCUACAAAGCUCUAAUCUCUGCGCUCUUUCCGCUGGUGGUCUCGCAGCUAUCGUGGGGAAUCCCGCAGAUCUCUCAUUAAUCCGCAUGCAGACGGAUGCGAUGCUUCCAGCUGCCGAACGAAAGGGAUACAAGCAUGCAGGCGAUGCGAUGGCAAGUACUCUAAAUGAUCAGUCUAGUCUACUAGAAAAACAUGAUCUUCAUCACUAGUACCUAACGUAGUUACUCAGUCUCAACUACUUAUGAAUUGAGGUAUGUUACUAGUAACCCUGUUCGUUGAAAGGGGAACAGAAGGAGCAAAAAUUAUCUUGAUCUUCUACCUAAGACUUAGUGACUAUCGACGUUCUUGUCUUUUAACUUUAAGGCGAGAAUCGUCUAACUUAGUUAGGCGGCCUAACCUAGUUGCUGGUGGGGGAGAGGCAGAGGCAGUCUUGUUCUUCUAUGAUCGACAUUUUUAGCUGUAGUACGAAACAAGCAAAGAUGACAACACAAGGAGUACUAAUCCAAUAUUGUCAGUCUAGCUUAUGGUUAUGAGACCUUCGAGCGCUAGCCUUUCUUCAUCCUUCUUCUAUCUGAACUACUUCAGGCCUUCAUCUUAUGGGUAAGGAACUUCAGCUCUCGUCUCUCUACGUAUUGUCGAUUUAGUAGUUUCGUUUAAAUUCUUUUUCAAACUCACACACUUACACUUGUUCAGCAAUUGCGCGAACGGAGGGGUUCAUGGGCCUUUUCAAGGGAGCCGCGCCAACGUCGGUGCGUGCCAUGGCUUUGAACUUGGGUAUGUUGGGAGGCAACACAAAGGCAAAGGAGGUACUCAGCGGAACGUUUGUUAUGGUGUCUAACUGCUCUCAGCGGAACGUGUGUUAUUUAUGUAAAACUUCUAGAGGGAGAUCAGCGAUACAACAACAGAGCAUUAUAAAAAGCGAACGAGUCACCUCGGUUCCAACACUUCUAGAAUGUUUUUAACUCUUCUUGGCAUUAGAAGUUUGGCGCUCUAACCGCAGCCUCGACAAGUCGUCGGCAGGAUGCAUCUUUGGCGCGAGCGCAAUCGCAGGCUUUUUCGCUUCUGCAUUCUCACUUCCGUUUGGUAAUUAAUUUGGAUACUUUUCAUGCAGUACUAGAUUACUAGACGAGAAGAUGAGCUUAUAGGAUAGGAUAUUAGAGUGCCUCUACAUCGACAGGAUAGGAUGAGAUACAUAUUAGCAUGGGUUCGUUGGACGUCAUCAAGGGCAACAUCAUACAAAUUGACAACAUCAUACAAAUUGACAACAUACAGAUACCUUUCUCUCCCCUCCACAGAUUUCGUGAAGACACAGAUCCAGAAAAUGAAACCGGGGCCAGACGGCAAGAUGCCCUACACAGGAUCGGUGGACUGCGCACUGUUAUGGCCCACUCCUUCGUGUACUGUAAAGUAAAAAUAUCGACAGAAAGAAACCCAGUUAGUUGUACCUAGCAAAGAAGAUUCAGGGAAGUCGUUGUGUGGCAAAUGCGAAUCGGCAGAUCACAUCAUCCUCAAAAAGGCUAACAUCAUCCUCAACCUACUUUCAAGAUAGCAAUCUUUCACCAAGGUAGUCGUGAUAAUAUUUGGAAUUGAGGCACUGCUAAAUUUAGAGUACUGUUGAGUCCUUCUAGUACUUCACACAAUUAAUAGAGUACUGACCUCUUUUUUUUUCUAAUUUCGAAAAUGCUGAAGGAAGGUGGUCCCUUGCGGUUCUACGCUGGAUUUCCGACCUACUACUUCCGAAUUGCGCCACACGCGAUGAUCACGCUCAUCGCGCAGGACCAAGUCAAGAAAAUGUGGGGAAGUUUUGGUUUGUGAGGAGGAUCAGGAGAUUUUGGUUUCUGAGGAAGGGUGUGGGGAAGUUUUGGUUUGUGAGGAGGAUCAGGAGAUUUUGGUUUCUGAGGAGGAUGAGGAGAUUUUGUUGGAAUCGAGAUGAUUGACUCGUUCACUUUUUAUAAUGCUCUGUUGUUGUAUCGCUGAUCUCUCUGCAGGCCUCAGCGUUUUAUCCAGCAGUUACGAACAGCCAACAAAGCGCUUGGGUUACUGCUUCCACACUCAACUUUCACGGAUGUACCCUGAGGAAGGGUGAGCGCACGAAGGAUUCGCGUGAGGCGCAUAUUACAUGAUACGUUGAGACCAUCUUUAUUCAAGUCAGGGGGGACGGAAAUACAUAUGAGAUAUUUCCAUACUUCGCUAGAAAGCUAUACCCACUACUGAGCGAUUCUACAAACGUAUCAUGUAGUUAUCUUCGCAAAAAUUUACUGUGUCUGUGUUAAAAAAAGGAAGGUCAGUUUUGGAGAGGAAGAGGUAGGUUUGUCACAUCGCAUUAUGAAUGUGAGUCAGUCUUUUCGAUUUCGUAAUCGACCAUGAAAAUGAAUUUUUUUGCGCAGUUGUUGGACUCAGAGGGGCGAAAACAUGGCUGCCCCGACUAGCGGCAGCCAGUCAUUUGCAGUGAGUUUUAGUGUAGAUUUUUAGUACUUUCUAUGGGACGAAUGGCGUCAAGCAACCCGGUUAUUGGUGCCUGUGCGCCCGUGGUUAGGGUUCGCAGGGAUGGUUCAUGAAAUGAUGAAAUCCAGGGAUGUUAUCCAGGUAAAAAUUCUGCUCAAAUUAUAACCCGAAUCAUUGUAACGGCAACAAACAUUAACAUUGACAUUUCAAGGUCAAGUCUGGUUCAAUUAUAACUUAUAUAUACUCUUUCGCGCAAGCAUCUGCUUGUAGGUAGAGAGAAGACGUGAGGAAAAUCCAGGUCUUCUGAGAAGGCGAUCGAGAACGCGGACACUGCGGCAGACUCAAAGAAGUUUGUAGGACAGUUUUUGCAGCAACGAUGGCAUCGCCGUCGCCUAGAAAUUUUCCAUUCCGAGAUCUAGCAUUUAUUCUGUUAGGACUGAUGGUAAAAACUCUGGUUUCAUUUUAUUCGUGAGUUUGCGCGAUUCUGAAAGGUCGAAGAAAGUGGUCAACAAAAGACUGGCUGGCGAUAGCCCACAUCCGAG